AUGAGUGGCAGUAUAUUCAACACGGGGGAGGAGGAAGACCCAUGGUCAUCAGCAUCCGGAUGGAACGAUGCCGAUAAGCCAAUUGUCAAAAGUCCGAUUCCAUCACUAUCACCCACCCCCUAUCAAUCAACAUACCUUACAUCUUCAGAACUACUCAAUCAAACAAGAGGAGAAGCCAAAUCACAACACCACCUACAACAAAAGCCAGCACUGUCAAUGUCUAUGACAAAUGUUCCCUCCAGUUACGAAACUCUUCGCUCAGAGCUAGUUAACAAGAUCUCGACAAUUAAUGAUUUUGAAUAUUAUGUAUUUGAUAAAUUAAUUGAAUUACAAUAUCUUACUAAUUAUCAAAAAACAAAGUUAUUAGACAUUGUUUAUGAUAAUAAUCUAGUUCCUGUUACAUUGGCCCAGAACUUUUAUCAAAUUUUAGGGUUAAUUGCAUUGGAGAUUGAUGUACCUGGGUCGGGGGAUUUUGUCACUUUACAAUUCAAAUUGAACAAUUUACCUGAGUUGCCACAACCAUUUCUCAAGUUAAUAAAAAGAGAAGAAGAUGAACAAGAUGCAAUUAAUGAUCCAUUAAUGGCAAACACAUCAAGAGCGAACGACGACGACGAGACUGAUGAUUGGAACCAACGAGGUAGAAUUGAUCCUGUACUAAGUGACCAUUCUGAUUCUCAACAUCAAAUCCUUGGGGGAGAUAGUGGUAAAGACGCAAGUGAGAUUAAUCCUCAAGAUGCUUCAUAUAUUGAAAAGUAUAUUGAAGAUAUCAGGGAUGAGUUUAAACCAUUGAUUCUUGAUGAUACACCAGUCAAGAUCAAGGAAGUGCCUGAAAAGGAGGGGCUCUUGUUCAAGCAUAUAAAUUAUAUAAUUACUCAUAACUUGGUAUUGGGAAAAGGAGGGCUGUCAGGACAUAAAAAAGUUAUCAGGAGGUAUUCUGACUUUGCAUGGUUGUUGGAGUAUUUGUUACAAAAGUAUCCAUUUAGAGUGAUUCCAGGGUUGCCACCAAAGAAAUUUACGGUAGGAGCUUCACCUGAUUCUCAAUUUUUACAACGGCGUCGUCGGGGAUUACAUAGAUUUUUGAAUCAGCUAGUCAAACAUCCUGUUUUCAGAGAAGAACCCAUUGUACAAUCAUUUCUUACUGUGCCAUCCGAUUUAGCUACCUGGAAAAAACAAGCCAAAAUUGAUUAUUCAAUUGAAUUUAAGGGACAAAAAAUUCAAACUGAUUUUAUAAAUACUAUAUGGCCAGCCAUAAGUGAAGAGUUUUUACGCAAUUGGGCACUGGCAGAACAAAACAUCCGGGGAUUGAUUGAAAAAUGGACCAAGUUGGUUAUACUUGUUGAAAGACAUGAACGUAGACAACAACAAAUGAGUUAUGAUAACCAGAAAUUUGUGGAAAUAUUGAACCAAUUUAAGAGGUUGGAUACUACGGUCUACCCACAAGAUCAACAGUCCUCCUCCCCUUCACCUUCUUGUACAAUGUUGCAAAAUAAUGAUAUUGAAACUAUCAAUGCUGGAUUAACUGCCAUCGGAGAUUCAUAUUCCAAAUCAUCACAAGUUAUAGUUGAUGAUAGUUACACCAUAAACACAAAGACUUUAGAAAAAUUGAAAAAUUACAUGGACUAUUUGUAUUCCCUAUUGGAAUUAUUCGAAAGAAGUAAAAACUUGUCAGGUAAUCAAAUUGAUGUAUUGAAUAAACGAAUUAAAGAAAAUGAACUCAAUUUUAAAAAAUUGACAGCUGGUUCUACAAAUGGCAAAGAAGUUGAAAUCAACAAAUUACGACAAUCGAUAAUUAAUGAUAAACAAGAGAUUUUCCAACAAUUGAAUCGAGAUUGGUUAAUUAAGCAAUGUUGUUUUAAAGAGUAUGUUAUGUUUCAAGAAACUCAAUAUUUGAUUAGUGAAAUUUGGGUUGAAUGGUGUAAAGAUAGACAUAAAUUACAAGAGAAAUUGACAGGAUUAUCGGAAAACUUGAGCACUGAAUUAACCAAUGAUAUGCCAUUAAACAGAUAA